UGCUAUUUGAACAUUUCAUCUGUAAAGAUGGCUUGUUAAACAGGAUAUAUGCUUUCAAUUAUGGCUAUCUGGAGAAGACAAACAAGCCAACAAAUAUAAAUUUUGAAUCUGGAGGACAUGGGGUUAAAUGCAUCACAAACACUGUUUGAUAAACAUUCCUUUAAUAUUUGGUGACCUGGUACUAGACUAUUAUUUAACCUCUUAAGCUCCAAGCCUAUUUUACCAUUUUCCGCCUGAAAUUACAUACUCACAUUUGAAGGCUUAUCACUCUAAUAUUAAAUAACUCAGAGUCAAAUCUAUGAAUUAAUAUUACUUAACAGCCUUUACACAAUUCAUUUAAGACACUUUAAUUAUUCAAUUGAACAUGUAAUGGCCAAAAUAUGGUAAAAAAACAGGAACAUUUUUAGGCGCUUUUCAGAUUUUCUAUUUUUUUUUUUAUUUCAGACAUAUAAAAUUAACUAUUUAUAUGGAUGAAGGGUUUUACUAGCUAACAUUGUAAAAUUUGUCCGAUAUAGCCAUAACAUUUUGGUGAUUUUAGGACUUACUGUGGCCGAGAUAUUUAGCUUUAUUUGCGUCAGUGCGUUUAUAAGGGCCAGCGUUUGGUUAGAGAGUUAGGAGGUGUGUUAACCAAAGUGUCUAUGUUAACAAAAGUGUAUAUUUCAUGUUUUUGAAUUAAAACUAAUUUUGUCUUUUAAAAAGAUUAAAACCCAAUCUUACAAAUUUUAGAGUACCUCCCUCCUCCAUCAGCAGCCUCGUAAGGACACUUUAGGGACCCAUCAGCUAUUCACAUGUUAAGCACUUGAGGUGCAUAGCUCCCCAUUCAAAAUGUAACGAAAAAAAUACCCCGACCUAGGUAUUUCUCGGUAUAAGUAGGUUUAUUAGACAGACAGACAUUUUGGGCUUUCUAAAACCUUUGGUUGGGGAGUUAGGGUAUUCAUUCACCAAAUGGUCUCUGUUCACAAAAGAGUAUAUUUUAAGUUUUUGAAUAAUGGUAAAUAUGUAUUUCUCGGUAUGUGUAGGUUUAUAUGGGCGACUAGACGGACAGAUUGACACAUUUUGGCAUUUCUAAAACCUUUGGUUGGGGAGUUAGGAGGUGUGUUAACCAAGAAGCUCUGACUGGAGGAACAGACUGCUGAAUCUCCGCUGCUGAUCCAGGAACACACCGCUGAAGCUACACUGCCGACUGCUUGUUCUCCGUUGCUGAUCAAGGAUCAAGAAGCUCUGAUGGCUCCCUGUCCAGUUUGCAAGAAGAUGCUGUCCUCCAUCUCUGCGCACCUUUCCACAGUACAUCACGUGGAAAACGUAGAGGAGAAGAAGAUCCUGAUUCAGCUGGCGAAUCAGAAAGUGUCGAUCCUGACAUCUCCGUGUCCUGUUCCGGGAUGUGGGUAUCAGAAGACUCGUCUUGACCGCCAUCUGACCAACUGCCAUCGGGACCUGUCCGACCAGGCCAGGGAGAGAUGCAUCCAGACGGCACAGAGGAUAAAAGCCAUUACUCUCCUGAGAGAGUUGAGGGCUAGCAGUCCGAACGUGCCCAUGGCCACUCGCUUGGACUUGGCUGCUGCUGACGAAUCUUCAACGCCUGACUACGACCAAGUACUCGAGUUAGCGAAAUCUGGCGUCCUCGAUAUCAGCCGUAGACUGAGAAUGGGACAACAGGUGGAAGAGAGUCAGCAGACACUGUUCCGGUACGUCUGUGAGGCGAUACUCCUGAAGGAGCAUCAACUGGCACAGAGUGCUGUGCUGAACUUCAAGGUAGAGCAUUGGGUUUCUCGAACCCCAUCAACCAGUGGCAUUUUCCUUGAACACUUUGACAUCAGCCUGACUCCCCAACAUGAAGAGUGGCUGGAGAUGUACUUCGCUCACAUCAGGUCAUGGAGUGUCAAAAAGUCCAGUCCCGAUGUUCAUGAUGGAGGCAUCUUUUUUCUGAGCCAGAAAGGAGUUCCUGUGGUGAAUCUACCUAAUGAUAUGAAGCGGCUAUGGGAACUGUAUCCACAGGCUUCAGGGACCGACCUGCCAGCAGUUGCCCCAGUUGCCCCCCUGCCAGCAGUUGCCCCUGCCAGCAGUUGCCAGCCGAGCUCUGCUGCAGGUUCUGAAGAGGGGGAUGAUGAGCAGCCUUCCUGCUCAGACGCUGUGGGACAGGCAACUGGACAGCCACAGGCUCCGAAGAGGGACCACUCCCCUUCAUCCUCUUCGAUUGCAAGGAAGCGGAGGGCUAAGUCCACCUGGCUUAGUUUUCUUGACCUGUUUCCGGUGACUGUUCAUGCCACGACACCCACAUGUGAGGAAAUUGUCGGCGGUGGAUUUGAUCGUGAAUCCUUCCGUUACUUUCACAACAAAUGGAGGACAGUCCAGCGGGAACAGCGCAUCCAGUAUAUCUUGGAUAAGUGCAAGUUCAGGAACCGCCCCUCAGAGGCCAGGGUAUACAAUCGGCUCCGUGCUGAGAACUGGUCGGCCAACUGUCCAAGCGCCAUGGAUGUGGUCAAGUCUUGGCUCCCCGUAAAGGACCACAUCAAGAGUCCAGACAUUAUCCGCCGUAUUCAGGAACAGUCUUGGAAAGGACUUUGCCUGAAAGACUUUGGGCCACCAAAGAACAAAGGGGUGAUUGCGACAAUGCCCUUUUCCAAGGGAGAGGUGGUCUGCGACUACCAUGGAGAGUACGUCACCCAAGAAGAAGGGAAUCGGAGAAUGCAACAGCUUUUCGACGAAGCCUGUUACGUCUUCUUCUUUGCGGGACGUGGGGAAAAGGUCUGCAUAGACGCCCAACAUUCUCCAUGCCAGUGUCACCCACACCAGGACACGUUUGGUCGUUGGAUGAACCAUUCACGGAGAAGUCCAAAUGUGAAGCCACACGUGUUCAAACUCCCACUCACAGAGGGAACAAGAUGGCAUCCCAUUUUCCUCGCGCUAACGGACAUUCAGGUCAACGAGGAACUACUUUGGGACUACGGUGUUCUCAGUGACGAGGGACUUGGAGGCGAAACUGUUGGACUGGACUGGCUGAAUACUUGAAUUCCUGGACAACAACCUACCCCUCUGCCAUCUCAUACGAACUCACUGCACGCGGCACUUUACUUCACCCUGCACCACAACUCAUUCUGUACCUGUACUGUCGCCUACUAGACUUCACACACACACACACACACACACUGUAGAUUAUUUGCACAUGCAUAUAGCAUUUAUAAUGACAAAUUGAAUUGUGCAGUUUUUCAUUUUUAAUAAAUUGGUCAAACUAUCAAGUCA